GUUCUGUGUGGUAUUUAGUUUUAAAAAGGAAAGCUGUUACCUUGCGGAAACUCAAGAAUUGGAAGUUGAGAGUAUGAAGAGUUAAUAUCCAUGUCAGAUAAUUCAUAGGAACUGACACCAGCAGUGCCCAGAAAUGAUUUUGAGUUUAAAAAUCAGUUCCCAAGUUUUCUCAAGAGGUUUCUUUUUUUUUGUAAACUGUAAGGACAAGAUCUCCAGCUUUAUGUUCCUCCGUCCUUUCAUUUUGGAGUUGGCAUGAGUUCUUAGUACUGAUGGCUUGGUAAUAAAUUAGAGAACACUGCUCUUCUAUUCAGGGGCUUGGCAAAGCUGAGGUCUGUCGAAAACUCCUAGUGGUACUGAGGACGUGCCCUGAUUAAACAAAUCAUGCGAAUCAUCAUCAGCCAGGAGCCAGUGUUAGUCCCAAAAUGAAGGCAGGAAGGGAAGUAUUCUCAAGAGGUUUCACUACACUGCAAUUCUUCAACAUUUUCUGCUUUUUGCUGGCACUGCCAGCAUCAGUAGAGGGAGUGAAUAUAACAGCAGAAGAGCUCACUACGCACGGGAUCGUGGGAGGAUCAGUCUUACUUUCUAUACAAUACACAGCUAGCAGCUCAGAGACUCCAGUCAUCCAGUGGCAGCUGAAGAGGGACAAGCCCAUCCCUUUGGUCCAAUCCUUUGGUACACGCAUCCUGGGCAAACUACGGCCAGAGUACAAGGAUCGGAUUGUGAUCUUCCGCAACGGAUCCCUGUUGAUCCACAACUUGCAGCCAACCGACGAAGGAAUGUAUGAAGUCGAGAUCGCAAUCACAGAUGAUGCCUCCACUGCAGUGAAGACGCUCAAUUUAACUGUUGAUAUCCCCGUGACAAAACCUGUGGUGGUGUUGUCAUCCUCUACUGUCCUGGAACUGAGUGAAUACGUCACACUGAACUGCUCACAUGAAAAUGGAACCAAACCAAUAUAUACAUGGCUAAAAGGAGGGAAGCCCCUAGACGAUGAUGAAAGAUUCUCUUUGUCAAGUGAUCAGAAAACCCUGACCAUCACACGGGUCCACAUAACUGAUGAUGACCUUUACAGCUGUAUGGUGGAGAACCCUAUCAGCAACUCUCGAAGCAUACCAGUGAAGCUGACUGUAUACAGGCGGAGUUCCUUAUAUAUCAUCCUUUCUACAGGCGGGAUUUUCCUUCUGGUUACCUUGGUAACUGUGUGUGCCUGCUGGAAACCUUCCAAAAAAAAUAAAAGCAAAGGAGAGAAAGGAACCUCUUCACGUUCUGCAGAACGGAAUGAGGAUCAGGGUAAACGUGAAGGUAAUGUGUCACAACUGCUACCAAAAACGGUGGAGCAAGAACGGGAACGCAAGAGCCCUGCAGGAUUGUACGUCAUCAGAGAAAAGGAUUCUCCAGAAACUGAGGAAGAUUCCCUAAGUGUUUCCAAGAGUGCAGCUGAACAAGCUGGAUUCAUAGUUUCCUCUGGACCUCCUACUAGAUCACCAAGAGCAGCUGGUCGAUCACCCAGACGGUACAACAGGUCUCCUGUCCGAUCCCCUGGCUCUACCAGAUCACAUAAGUCUCCAAGUAGAUCAUCCAGCUCACCUGCACAUCAAAGGAGUGCUAACCGCGUUGUCCGACCAGCAGGGGUCCACAUGAUCAUGGAGCAAGAUGAAGCUAGUCUGGAAGAAAAUUAACACUUCAAUGACCCUGUAAUUGUCCAUGGACGUAAAAGAUACUGUAGGUGCAGAAGUAUCAGUAUCAAAUCCUGGAAUAUAUCCAGGGUUCUGACCUCCAUUCCUGCUUUUUCUGAAUAUAUCUACCAUAGAGUACUAUAACCCUCUUUCCCUUAACCAGAGUUUACCACAGCUACCUUAGCUCCUAGAAUGCAAGUCAGGGUCAGACCCCUAACAACGUGUAUAUAAAAUAUCCCUAAACGCAUCCCAUUUCGGUCAUUGACAUUUUCGGAGAGGACUUUUUAAUUCCUUAAUUUUGGAUAUCAUAUGGAAGUGCCACAGAUUGAUUUUAGCAAUGUGAUCAUGAGCAUAAAAUACUUUCCUGGAUGCUCCCAAUGGCCCAGUAGGCCCAGUCAUGUGGAUAAGAAAGGUGCCCAUUCUUGGUACUGAGUUAGCAGCUCUCAACUGCAUUGACUUUGAGUGGAUACAACAAUUUGGCUGGGUUUCCUUGGGUUGAUAAAAGUAAAGGAGCAUUGGGUUUUUGCAGCUAACCAUUACCCUGUUAAAAACAAAAUGGUGUGUGUCAACCUGAACUGAACUCAGUUUUGAUGUCUCAGUAUUCUGCUCAUGCCUGAAAAUUGCCACUUUAGCCAGGUACUGGAGAUGUGCAGUUGUUUAAACUGUGCCCUAGGGCUGAGGAUAUUUGAUAAUACAUGUUUCCUGGAUAGUCACACUCACACACUGUCAAGGUUGAGAUACAAAACUUCAGUCAACCGAGCAGAGGUCACAGUGCUGCCUGUUAAUUAGUAACUGCGAUGAUGUAAUCCACUGGAGCCAGUGCUCUCUCUGAGGUCAGGAUUGUUCAACCAGGGAUUGGUCCAAUCAGGGCUAUCACAGAGAUUUCAACAUGGUAGGACAUCCUUAAGCAAAAGGAAAUCACAACUUAAUCAGGUACAAAAAUACAACACAGUAGAAAGCAGGUGGGGAUUCAAAACAGUCUUUGAUGAUUGAAGUUUUGUUAAUUGGGAAUGGAGUAGAUCAGCAAGAACUAGUUAGACUCAAACCCAUCACUAACUCAGUUAAUUCAAUCCAACCAAGAGAAGGCGCACUUGACAGGACACCAUUAAUAUGGAAUUUUAAUUUCUAGUGUAAACAGGAAGUGUAAUUCAUUAUUUUGUAAAUAUAAAACAAUAGAAGUGUACGUUAAACACAGACACUAAGUAGAUUUCUGGGAAUUGGUCACUGCUGAUGGUAACCUGUGGUCAUUGUCCUGUAAUUCCCUCACCAACAAAGUGAAAACCCAUCAAAUGAACAUGAGAAUCGGACUAGGUUUGAUGCUUCCUCUGGUCAAACAGUCAUCUCCCGCAUGAAGAAUGUCCAUUUUGGUGAGGAACUGCAGAGUUGCUGGUGCUUGGCCCUUUUCCACACAUACAGGAGAGGAAGAGAGACAAUCAGGAACCUAAAAUCAUUUGGAACCAUUUUACCUGGAUAGUUCUCAGUCCCAUUAGUGGCUGGUACCAUUAAUUAUUCAAACAUCCAGACCUUGUCUUCCCCAGAAACUCUCUGCAGUCAAUAGUGAGUACCAGGAGUCUGCAUUAGCCAAGGAGUACCUUUACCACUUCUAACUAUCAUCUUUCCAGACUCUCUAUCUCUCCAAACCCUCGCUCUGUCCAUCUAUCUCUCCUAAACCUCACUCCAUGUAUCUUUCUGUCUCUCCUUAACCAUCACACUGUCCAUCUCUCUGUCUCUCCUGAACCUCACUCUGUCCAUCUCUCUGUCUCUCCUGUAUCUCACUCUGCCCAUCCCUCUCUCCCCUAAAGCUUGCUCUGUCCAUUCCUUUGUCUCUGUUGAACAUCCAAUACUUCCAACUCACAUUGUCUCUGACGUGACUGCCUGUCCCAGCCUGUGUUAUUCUACACAGACAGUUCCAUUGUCUUUAAGCCAGUCACGACAGGAUGCUGAGAGCUCAGGCUUAGAUCCUUGACUUAUCACAUCGCACCUGGUGUUUCUCACAGCUCUAAUCUUUCUGAGUGCCACAAAUAUUGUGGAGAAUUUUCUGACAGGUUAGGUUUGUUUGAAGUAAGAGAAGAAAAUGCUGCAGUCCUCAGUUGGUACUGUUUGAACUUAUUCAUGCAUUACACUAGGAGCCAAAUUCACAUCAUGGCAUCUAAUCGCUUUUCAAUUGUCAGCUGCGGUUUUAAUUUUAACAUAAAUCUUUUAAGUCAA